GAGAAGGAGCAGCUUAAGGGAAUGAAGCUGGAGCRUCCGGAGACUCGGGAAGGGAAAGUUGCCCUGUUGGGAGACUCCGUGMACUAGGGACCGAGCUCAGCUCCACCAUGGGAUUUCGCGUGUCCGACAGAAACCUCCUCCUGCUCCUGUGUGCCAGCGUCUUCCCCGCUGGUGGCCACGUGGAGACCCGAGCCCACGCCGAGGAGCGUCUCCUGAAGAAGCUCUUCUCCGGGUAUAACAAGUGGUCCCGGCCCGUGGCCAACAUCUCUGACGUGGUGCUCGUGCGCUUCGGCUUGUCCAUCGCCCAGCUCAUCGACGUCGACGAGAAGAAUCAGAUGAUGACCACGAAUGUGUGGGUGAAGCAGGAAUGGCACGACUACAAGCUGCGCUGGGACCCCCAAGAGUACGAGAACGUCACGUCCAUCCGAAUCCCCUCAGAGCUCAUCUGGAGGCCGGAUAUUGUCCUCUACAACAAUGCUGAUGGUGACUUUGCAGUCACCCAUCUGACCAAGGCCCACCUCUUCUAUGAUGGGAGAAUUAAAUGGAUGCCACCUGCUAUCUAUAAAAGCUCCUGCAGCAUUGACGUUACGUUCUUCCCCUUUGACCAGCAAAACUGUAMGAUGAAGUUUGGCUCCUGGACCUAUGACAAGGCCAAGAUAGACCUGGUGAGCAUGCACAGCCACGUGGACCAGCUCGACUACUGGGAGAGUGGGGAAUGGGUCAUCAUAAAUGCGGUGGGCAACUACAACAGCAAGAAAUAUGAAUGCUGCACAGAAAUCUACCCUGAUAUAACUUACUCCUUCAUCAUCAGGAGGUUGCCCUUGUUCUACACAAUCAACCUGAUCAUCCCCUGCCUGCUUAUCUCGUGCCUGACGGUCUUGGUCUUCUACUUGCCCUCCGAGUGUGGAGAGAAGAUAACUUUGUGCAUCUCGGUGCUGCUGUCACUCACUGUGUUCCUGCUGCUCAUCACCGAGAUCAUCCCUUCAACUUCCUUGGUCAUCCCCCUGAUUGGAGAGUACCUGCUCUUCACCAUGAUAUUUGUCACCUUGUCUAUCAUCAUCACCGUGUUUGUGCUCAACGUGCACCACCGCUCCCCACGCACCCACACCAUGCCUGACUGGGUGAGGAGGAUCUUCCUUGACAUAGUCCCACGGCUCCUUUUCAUGAAGCGGCCCUCUGCAGUGAAAGACAACUGCAAGAAACUCAUUGAAUCCAUGCACAAAAUGACCAACGCACCAAGGGGUUGGUCUGAGACGGACAUGGAGCCCAAUUUCCCCACCUCAUCUUCCCCAAGCCCCCAGAGUAAYGAGCCAUCACCCUCACCUUCCUUCUGCAGCCACCUCGAGGAGCCAGCCAAGACGCAGCCUGUCUGCAAAUCCCCUUCUGGCCAGUACACCGUGCUGCACCCAGAGCCCGUUCAGGUGUCCUGCUCCUCGCCGCAGUCCCCGUGCCACCCUCUGAGCGACACCCAGAGCACGUCCGUCUCCAAAGGCCGGUCGUUGAGUGUUCAGCAGAUGUACAGUCCCAACAAAGCAGAGGAAGGGAGCAUCCGCUGCAGGUCCCGCAGCAUCCAGUAUUGCUACCUGCAGGAAGAUUCCUCCCAAACCAACGGCCAAUCCAGCGGCUCUCCAGCUUCCCAGAGGUGCCACCUGAAUGAAGAACAGCCCCAGCACAAACCCUAUCAGUGCAAAUGUAAGUGCAAAAGGAAUGAGGCCACUGGCACGACAGGCCAAGGGACCAACACUCACAGCGCCAAAGAGCAGCACCUUCUGUUGAUGUCUCCUGCCUUGAAGCUGGCGGUGGAAGGCGUUCAUUAUAUCGCGGACCACCUACGAGCAGAAGACGCAGAUUUCUCAGUGAAGGAAGACUGGAAGUACGUUGCAAUGGUCAUCGACCGGAUCUUUCUCUGGAUGUUCAUCAUCGUGUGCCUGCUGGGAACUGUCGGGCUCUUCCUCCCGCCCUGGCUGGCAGGAAUGAUCUAGGGAUAACCCCAGAAAGAAGGAAGUUUAACCCCUCCAUGGCUUUUAGUGCAUCUGGAAGGAGAUGAGCAGGGGAAUGGAGACACCUCUUGAACACUUUAGUGGGUGUUUGCGCGCAAGUUGUCCCUGAGCACUCUCCAAGGCUACAUCAUCCCACCAAGCCGUCCUCAUCUCCUCCAUCCAAGUUAGGGGAAAAGUUCUCGUUCGAGUCUCUACGUAGCAUGGUGGCAUCCAUCAACAUACAUUCAGCAAUGGGAGGACACAAGCGUGCUCCCCACGGCAGUAUGUACAGAGGCUUUGUGCAUAGCAAGCACCCCUGGCAAGCUAGCUCCGUCAUUUUCCAAGCUCUCCAUGUGCCCUGCCUAGUAAAUUGACCCUGCUGAGCUGGUAUGGCUCAGGACUAUGUGUCUCUGUAUGUGUCAUUUUAUAAAUAAAGUCCCAGACUUGGGAU